AUGAUGGCGGCGUCCUCGAGCGUCGCCGCGGCGUUCGCGCGCGCCCCGGCGCGCGGUGGAUCCCCGCGCGACUCUUCGAGCCGACGCGAGCCCACGCGCCCCCACUACGCCGCCGCUUCGAGGUCGAUCCGCGGCGCGCCGAUCCCGCGCGCGCGAACCCGCGCGUCGAAGCUCCGGUCGGCGGCGCGGCGCGACACCGCCGUCCGCGCGGUCAUCGCCACCGACGUCGAUCGCGAGAUCGAGCGCGACGCGCGCGACGCCGACGCCCGCGGCGCGGACGCGGCGCCGCCGAAUCGCGUGGACUUUCUCGUGAUCGGAUCCGGCAUCGCCGGUCUCACGUACGCGCUCGAAGCCGCGGAGCUCGGCGACGUCGCCAUCGUCACGAAGGACGUCGCGUACAUGGGCAGCACGCACUACGCCCAGGGCGGGAUCAGCGCGGUCAUCUCGUUGGACGACACCGUGGAGGAGCACGUCAGGGACACGCAAGUCGCGGGGGAUCACCUCUGCGACGAAGACGCGGUAAAAGUCGUCUGCGACGAGGGCAAGGAUGCCAUCGAGAAGCUCAUCGAAUUCGGAACGAAAUUCACGAUGAACGAGCAGACGGGCGACCUACACCUCGCGCGCGAGGGCGGCCACUCGAAGCACAGGAUCGUGCACGCGGCGGACAUGACCGGGAAGGAGAUCGAGCGCGCGCUGUUGGAGAGCGCGAGGGCGCACCCGCGCGUGACGUUUUACGAGUUUCACGUCGCGACGGAUUUGAUCACGGCGGAGACGAGAGACGGGUCGUUCAAGUGCGUCGGCGCGGAGAUCAUCGACCGCAGGAGCGGCGCGAGGACGAGCUUCAUCUCCUGCGCGACGAUGCUCGCGAGCGGCGGCGCUGGGCAGCUCUUCCCGAGCACGACCAACCCGGGGGUGUCCACGGGAGACGGCGUGGCGAUGGCGGUGCGCGCGCGCGCCGACGUGGCCAACAUGGAGUUUUAUCAGUUCCACCCGACGUCGUUGUACACCGGCCCGGGCGGCGCGGCGAAGAACGAGAACGCGUUCCUCGUCACCGAGGCGGUGCGAGGCCACGGCGGUCGGCUGUUCAACGCCGCGGGCGAGCGGUUCAUGGAGCGGUACGACGAGCGGCUGGAGCUCGCGCCGCGCGACGUCGUCGCGCGCGCCAUCGACUGCGAGAUCAAGUCCGCGCGCGAGGCUGGGUACGAGGCGGCGUGCGUGUACCUCAGCGUCGCGCACCUUCCCGCGGACGACGUCCUGAAGAACUUCCCCGGGAUCGCCGCGGAGCUCGCGGAGCGCGGCGUGGACAUGACGUCGGACAAGAUCCCCGUGGUGCCCGCCGCGCAUUACCUCUGCGGCGGCGUGUCCACGGACUUGAACGGCCAGACCUCCGUGGAAGGUUUGUUCGCGUGCGGCGAGACGGCGUGCACGGGCGUCCACGGCGCGAACCGCCUCGCGUCGAACUCGCUGUUAGAGGCGGUCGUGUUCGCGAACAGGGCGGUCAAGGCGUCCGGGGUGAGAUUCGCCGGGCGCGACGCGCUCGAGCCCGUGUUCGAGCAGGCGGCGGAGGCGGCGAGGAAGCGCGCGGCGCUGCGAAUGAACGCCGCGAAGAAAGACGUGGACGAGAUCGCGGCGUUCGACGAGCCCCCGGAAUGGACGUCCGCGAUGCGCGCGGAGGUGCAGAGGGUCAUGUGGAACGCCGCGGGCAUCGUCCGCGACACGGAGACUCUGAAGGAGGCGACGACGAAGAUGGAGUCGAUGUUGGAGGAGUGCGAGGAAAAGUCUCGCGGCGCGGACGCGCGCCUCGCGUCGAUUGAACUCAGGAACCUCCUCACCGUCGGUCUCUGCACGCUGCGUUGCGCGGCGUCCAGGAAAGAGUCCAGGGGGUUGCACUACAACGUCGACUACCCCGAGAGGGUGGAGACGGAGAGGAAGCCGACGAGGUUGGACACGGCGUCGAUGUGGAACGCGCCGUCGUCCGUGCACCCGGCGCUCGGGGCGCGGUGA